AUGGAUUUGAGGAAAUCCAAUUCAAAUUUCUCUUUUCUAAUUGCCACUGUUGUGGGUCUUUUCAGCAUUCAAAUAGGACUUUUGAUUAUUGAGCUAGUUCCAGAAAUUUCAUCCUUUUACCUAAUACUGUAUUUAUCUUGUUUUUCAGGAUUUGGGCUGUAUGUUUAUCCUAAUUCUUUUUUUCAGUAUGAAGGAGAAUGGAAACAGGGAAGAAAACAUGGUCAUGGUAAGCUGUUAUUUAAGGAUGGAAGUUAUUAUGAAGGCGAAUUUGUAGAUGGAGAAAUUAUGGGAAAUGGAUUACGAUACUGGGCAUCUACAGGAAACACUUAUUCAGGUCAGUUUGUGUCUGGAGAGCUGCAUGGACAUGGAGUAAUGCAGUACAAAGAUGGUGAGAAAUAUGAAGGGGAGUUCUCCUGUGGAAUGAGAGCAGGAUAUGGGUUAUUUGUUGACAAGGAGGGACAAACUUAUCAAGGAUCCUUUCACAAUAAUAAGAAACACGGAGGAGGGAAUAUGACCUUCAAGAAUGGUGAUAAGUAUGAAGGAGACUGGAUCCAGGACCAGCGACAAGGUCAUGGUGUACUACACUGUGCCAAUGGAACUGUAUAUGAGGGACAGUGGAGAAAUGAUGUAUUCAAUGGACAGGGCAUUAUAACUCAUUGUUCUGGUGUCAUCUAUGAUGGACUGUGGAUCAAUGGCUUCCCUGCUGCUCAAGCAAAGAAGAUAGUAAUUUUGGGCCCAGAAGUUAUUGAUGUAAUUCAAGGGUCUGCUAUCACUCUUCAUGUCCAGCUACAGAAUGAAGAAGGAGAGGUUUCAGAAUAUGAGAAUGGUCGACUUUUGGAGAUCUGGUGUGGAGUCAAAACCAAGCAAAUUCCAGCAAAUUCUUCUACCAGUUUAUUUAAGUUAAUUGAAGAAGCUGAGAGGAAGCCAGUGAAAACCCCUUUUGGAUUUGAGUGUAUUAGCUAUCCUUUGAUGGAUGCAGUGUCUGGAAGCUGGGAACUGAAAGCUGCUGCCCCUGUAUCUGGUAAAUCUGGAUUUGCACUGGCUGAUUUACCAAUCCCUAAGGGAGAUACAGAGCCAGAAUCCAGAUCAGACACCCUGCAUGGAAUGGGAGAUGCCCCAAGCAAUGAGGAUGGAUUUGAAGGUGAAAAUCUCCAUCCUCCAGCCCAUCAGAGAGUGGAGCAUGGCUGUGCUGUUUUCAGAAACAUCAUGCUUGGGCCUCUUCUGGCUAAUUAUCCAACAUUCAUGCUUUCGGAUGAAUUAUACAAAGAAGGAGGCAAAAAGCCAAGUGGAAGGAUAUCUGCUGAGAAAGCUGAGAAGAUGACAGUCUCACAGGAGAAAAUUGUAGACAGCAGCCUCACACUACAGAUGUUCUUGCCCAGCUGACCCCCUGGAAAAACAAUAUUUAAAUACCAUGACUUCUUACACAAGAAUAAUUACACAGUAAUUUCAGUACAGUGAAUCAAACUUUCUUUUGAGUUCCUUUGAAAAUGUAACAGAUCAUGAAUCUGGUUUCUCAGUGCCAUCUAAUCCAUUUGUAACCCUGAAGGCAAGCACUAAGCCUUUUCCAUAUUCUGUCCACGGAUGUGACUGCGUAAAUGCUGGGGUAUGAGACAACAGCAAAUUAAACUGCAGCAGAAGCAGCAAAUAUUAGGGAAAAUGAAAACUCCUGACUCAGAGUUGCUGGGCGAUGACAGACUCCUCAUUAUAGAUCUUUUCAUAUGGAGAAGAAUGACUGAUAAAUGAGGUUGCUGUGACAUAAAGAGGAUGAGAACACAGUUGGACAUUCUUGCAGAAUUUAUGCUCUCUGUACAAAACAAAUAGAAGAAUGGGUGAUAUCUAAUUUGCAUCUCUUCUUACCAACAAACUGAUUAAGGCGACAUCUUCUGGAGCAGAUGGUAGAGUUGUCAUCUGCAAGACUACGAUACUCUGUGUACCUUUUUCACUAUUUUGAUCGUGAUGGAGGUGACAUUAGCUAUAAUCUUCCUGUUCAUUUCCAGUCAUUUACUAGCUCUUUAAGGGCUUACAGGUGAUAUACAUGUAGUUGUUUGAAAUCUUGACAUUAGGGAAAUCUGCUGGUGCACAGAAUCUCGUUUCCUCUUUCUGUUACGGAAUAAUAGCAAAGCAUAAAGUAACAAUCAUGGAAUCCCAUCUUGCUUUGUCUGCUCAUGCUAGUAAAUAUUAAUUACAUGAACAGCUUCAUUGACUUUGGUGUCCAUAAGAGUUGCAGGAUUAGUCUCUUUGUGAUUUUCAGUGGCCUCUAGAUAUUGAACAAGGCACCUCAUCAUGACCUUUCAAACUGGUUAAAGAAGACAGUCUUGUCAUGCACAAAGCAAUGCAGCAUGGGCAACCAAAGCUAUUAGAGGCAUUGACAGACUUCCAUAUAGAGAGAUAUCAAAAAGAUGUGGGAUUGUUUUGUUUAGAGGGGACAUAACAGAGGUAAGCAAAAUUCUGAAUAGUAUAGAGAAGGUAAAUCAGGUUCCUGUUUUAUGCCAACUCAUUCACUAGUACUUAAGAAGAAAAUUCCCCUGUGGUUGGUUAUUUUCUAUAACUAUUCACUCUCCAUAUUCACCAGUGGGCCACAAAUUUUUGAUCUUCUUUCCCAUAUUAAUCCUUUCUGUGAUUACCUUGGGACUGGGAGCAGGGCUACAGCUCCAGGAGUGGGGAUGCAGGCAAGUAUAAGGGGACUGAGGCUGGCACCACACUCGGGGAUGGGUGGAAGUAGAGCUGAGGCUGGAUCCUGGGGACCAAGGCCCAACAGUCUGGACUCUGAGUAUGGGGCCAGUGGCUGGGGUCAGGAAUGGAGCUGGGUGGCACUCUCCCCCUUCCCCAGCUGCACCCCCAAAUGUUCAUUUGCGCCUUCCCUCUCUCCCCCCUGCCAAGAGAGGGAGCUUCACAGUUUGCAGACCUCUGAUUUUUGCCUUUCUUUGAAGUAUCUAAUGUUGACAUUAUCAGAUAUAGAAGACUAAACUAGAUGGACACCUGGUCUUAUCCAGUAUGGCAACUCCUCUAUUCCCACUACCAAAUAUAUUAUUGCACGAGUACAGUAUAUUGAUGAGCUUAAAGAGUUUCCGUAUCUUAGGACACAAAGUAACCUAUAAUCAUCCCACCUCUGCUUUCAAAAUACAAGUGUCUCAAUCACAGAAAUUCAGUUUUCAGGUGGGAAAUGUGCCCUUCUGACAGAUUUGCACAUCCAGACUAAUAAUAUCUGAUCUCAUUGUCUUCAUCAUUGCAUUCUAUGGCUAAUCAAACUAGUAUUCCAAGAGGAAGAGAAAGUACUGGGAGAAGAUUCAUUGAGUGAUUCCUUUCUAGAGCUAGAUGAAAAUCCUGUAAGUUCAUCUGCGAAAUAGAAAAAUUAACUGCUUUUACUUCCAAAGCUUUGUAAAGGCUAAAUUAAAAGAAAGCCUUGUGCCAAAAGGAUUUAAAAUGACAAACUGACCUCAGAUGAUGGCUGAUGUCAGACAUUAGAGUUCGGACUUUUGUAUGUUCAGUGUCAGUAAUUUUGUAUGUGUAUCACACGGGAUGCCUAGAUAUGCAGAAAGAUUUGGAGACCAAAGCUCUCCCAAGCUUUUUAUAGUGUAUCUACAGAAUGUCUUCCAGAGAUAGGUUUGGAAAGAAAAAAGUAUCAUCAUAAACAGAGGAGCUGCCAGAACACGUCCAUUUUGCAUAAGCUAUUGUCCUAGUUCCUGAUAAUAUAAAUGAGCUACAAGAAUUGAUGGAGGACCUAAAUUCUGGGCCAGCAAAUGUGCUGAAUGGAGAUAAUGCUCAACAGAUAAAAAAAAGAAAUCAGGAUAAAUGAAAACAUAGCUGAACAAGUGAAAAAAAAAAUAUAUCAACCUUAAAACCUGCAUGGAAGAAUAAGGCAGUAUCGGAAGAUAAAACACAUUGGAAGACCUAUCACCUAGAAGAGGGAAAUCUACAUGCGUAUCUUGCUAGUAAUCAAAGUUAGCUUAGAAAUGUACCUCCUUAAGAAAAUGUAUCAGACACAUA